UUGUGCGCGCAAGCGCGUCGCCGCGGACGAGCUGCGUACGAGGCAAGCGUUGGGCAGCCCGAGAUGGCGACGCCUGGCGCCUCCCGGCAGCCCUUGGCCUGCACGAUGCUGCCCCACAAGAAGCCUACCAGUUUGGGGGCUCUGCUCCGCCUCGCCGUGGCGGUGGUGGCCUUGUACGUUCCGCGCGCUGUACCAGCGCGACGUCUCCGCACCUCGCUGCACUUGCGGCGCGCCCCUCGACGAGCGUGGACGCGUCGCGGCGCCGCGCCGCGCUUCUCCAGGCGCUUGCGAACUCCCAACAGCCUCUAUUUCAUGGCUGAGCUCACCGAGCGCUGCGGCGUCUGCGCGAAGUGCCAGUGGACGUGCGCCGACCAACCGGACCAGACGGCCUGCUGGAUGUGUCAAAACGGGGGUGGGAGGUGUUAUUUCCAACACCAGUCAAAAAGGGGGAAGUGGGACCUCCCGCCCUGCGAGAAGCCGCAGCCGGCGGCUCAGCCCACCGAGCGCUGCGGCGACUGCGCGGCGUGCCAGUGGACGUGCGCCAACCAACCGGAGCAGCCGGACUGCCGGUUCUGUCGAGACGGGGGUGCGAACUGCAGUUUCCAACAAGCGUCAAUAAAGGGGAAGUGGGAAUGCCCGCCCUGCGAUAACCCGCGCACCUUCGACUUCUCGGAGAUGAAAGGGGUGGUGGAGAGCAGAACAAGACAGCCGGAGUCAGCGCGCAAAUCAAAUUUUACUGCUUCAAUCGACGACGUGGCACCCGACUCACUGGUUGAUUUGCGCGCAGGGGCCCGGUCGACGACGAGGCGAGGGCGAAGGCGGAGGCCGACGGCGAGGCCGAGCGCAAACGGAGAUCGGAGAUAAAGCAGAGGAGAGACGCGGCCAAGCGGGACGCGACGGCGAAGUACGGCGGCAAGACGCGGGAGGAGACGGGCAGCAAGCUCGAGGGCGGCCACGUCGAGGACGCGUCGGCAUCACUGCGCGACUUCGACGCCUGGGUCGACGUAGGCAAGCCGAUGAUCGAGCCGUUGCAGGGCCUCGACGGCUGCUUCUUCCACGCUCGCGACCUCGAAUGCAUGCACUGGACCGCGCGCAAAAUCAUUUUCACGGUGCCUUCGAUGAUUUAUGCCGAUCACCGGACUCACUGGUUGAUUUGGACGCAGGCAUUGGGUCGACAAGGCCCAGUCCCUGGAAGACUUCCUCUUCAAGUUGCGCUCGGACUUCGCCAAGCAAGCAGAGGAAGAAGAUGGCGCUCCUGUCAUCGACAUCUGCAGGAAGGCCGAGGCGUGCAUCUGUUUGUCGACGGUCGGCGCGCUGUGCCACGACCAGGCGACGGCCGCGGCCAUAGAGUGUGCCUACGGCGUGCCGCUGCUCUACAACGGCCAGGUCGUGUUAUUAGACCGCGAGGCCGUCGAGGGUUGCGUCAACGCCUGGAUCGACCGUAUCGAGGAACGUGAGCUUCCGAUCUGGGAGGGGUUUGACACGAAGACUGCCGAGGCCUUCAACAAGAGCAUAGACCCCGCUUACGCCUUCUCGGACGUGUUCGUGCCGGAGUCUGAGACACGCGAGAGGAUCAAAGUCCGGCCCAAGGACCGCAAGGACACCAUUCUCGCGCGGUUGCGAAGCGGUGCGUCUGGCGAAUGCGGUCACAUGCACGUGACGACGGUUGUCUACGUGGAGCGCCUCGGCCGGUACGUCAAGGCGUCGCUCGCUUUUCAGUCGCGGAAAGCCAUAUUGUCCAACAUGCGCAUCUAUCCAACGUCGCGAGUGGCCUUGGUAGAACGCUUGAGGGAGUUCGCGGAGGCGCGGGACGACGACAAACUUCUCGAGCGAUUGGCGAAGGGGGUCAUUUCGAGCAGCCACCCGAACAACUUCGGCAUCAUCGAGCUCAAGGCGCACAAGGAGAGGGAGGGCGGGCAAGGUGAAGUGGGUCCCUCAAGAAUCACUCCGCUACAAAAGGCGGCGAACAACCUCUACUUUACGAUGUUCAACGAGGGCGCAGCGGCGAAGGAAAUGGUCGAGAGCUUCUCGGCCAAAUUGCGCGAGGACUUCCAGCGGUUCGGCGUGGACCUGGACAACAUCCAGGAGCACCUCGUCGACGGCAUCGACGUCCGGGAGGGCUUCGAGGUCUUCGACCUGGUCGUGCACGCGUUCACGGACGACGACGGCGCCGCCACGCGCGCCGAAAGGCACGCCCGGGACCACGCCGACGAGAUGGACGUGUUCUGCAACGAGUUUGCAGUGAUGCCGACUUCCCACACGCUGCCCUUCCUCUUCGACGACGUCGCGCAGCAGACGUUCAGGGCCUUCGGCGUCGCGCUCCGCGCGCGGAUCUCCCAGCUGCCCGCGACCUGCCUCACCUGGCCCGACCCGGCCGACGACGACGCCGACGACUUGAUCCCCGACUUCCCGCCGGGGGGCGGGGACGACGAGAUCCACGUGUUCCACCACAUGUCGUCCAUCGAGCUCGAGAACUACGAGGCGUGAGGUCCCGGCGCCUCCGUCGUUGUGACUCGUAAGUCUUGUAUUUCAACACGA